CGACAACAACGCGCCCUUCAUUCGGUUCGCCCUCCAACUUUCUAGAGAGCUCGAUUCUCUAGUAUUCCGCUCAACCCAAUAGCCUUCCCGCGAUCCGAAUCACCAUGGUCGUAACCAAGGCUGGACAGUGGUCGAACGUCGAGGACGAGGUUCUCAAGGCCGCCAUCUCGAAGUAUGGGUUAAAUCAAUGGGCGCGUUGCGCAUCGCUCAUCGCGAAGAAAACUGCGAAACAAUGCAAAGCGCGAUGGAGCGAAUGGUUAGAUCCAUCGAUCAAGAAGACGGAGUGGUCGAGGGAGGACGAUGAGAAGCUCCUGACGAUGGCAAAACUCUUACCCACGCAAUGGAGAACGAUUGCGCCGAUCGUUGGACGAACCGCAACACAAUGUCUCGAACGAUACCAAAAGCUGUUGGACGAGCAGGAGGCGCGGGAGAGCGGGGAUCUUGGACUGGCAGGACCUGAUGGUGGAGAAGCUGCAGCGCCUACAGCGGAAGAUGUUCGUCGCCUGCGCUCAGGAGAAGUUGAUGCAUACGCGGAAAGCAGGCCAGCCAGACCCGAUGCAAUCGAUAUGGAUGAGGAAGAUAAGGAGAUGCUUUCAGAAGCCCGAGCAAGAUUGGCGAACGUCAGCGGCAAGAAGGCAAAAAGAAAGGCUCGUGAAAGGCAAUUGGAAGAAUCUCGACGACUUGCGCAACUCCAGAAGCGUCGUGAGCUGAAAGCAGCAGGCAUCAACACCAAAAUCGCACCGAAGAAAGGCAACCACAUUGAUUACAACGCCGACGUACCGCUCGAGAAAGAAGUUCCUGCAGGUUUCUUUGAUACAUUGGAUGAACUUGAACAAAACGAACGCCAACGGGCAGCUUUCGACCCACGAAAGCAGCAGCUUGCCAACAAAAGGAAGGCCGACCAGCAAGAAGAAGGAGGGGACUCGAAGCGAAAGAAGGACAACGACAAAUCUGGGGGUCUGGCAGCAUCAUAUGCGAAGGCUGCGCAAGCUCAACGGAUACGUGAAGCUGAACAGAGCAGCAAACGGCGGGCUCUAGUUUUGCCCAGCCCACAAGUUGGAGAGGCGGAGUUAGAGGACAUUGUUAAGAUGGGCAUGGCAGGCGAACGUGCCAUUGGUGGCAUUGGCAGUGACAACAUGGCUACGCAAGGACUAGUGGGUAGCUACUCAGGCAUUGUCCAGAAUACCCCGAUCCGCACACCGAUGGCACCAAAGGAGGAGGACACAAUCGCGAAUGAGGUGCGGAACGCACGAUUGAGGACGGAGACCCAAUCAGCAUUACUUGGGGGUGAUAACCCAGAUCUCCAAGAGGACGACGGGCCCCCUGCGUUGCCUGGUUCUGGCUUGAGGCAUCAAAUCGUGACACCGAACCCUAUGGCCACCCCGUACCGACAAGCUAAUGGUGUGGGCGCAACUCCCCAGCAUCAAGGGCCUGGCGCCACCCCCAUGCGAACUCCUCGGGACAAUCUACGUCUAAACGAUGCUGGUGAAAUGCAGCUUGUCGGACAGACUCCACGCGACAUCAAAUUGAGGGAGAAUGCUUCGCGUCAGAAUCUCCGUGGCAAGCUCGCAUCGCUACCUAAACCCAAGGAGACCGACUGGGAAUUCGAGCUUCCCGAGGAGCAAGAGGAAGGAAAGGCUGUUGAGGUGAUUGAGGAAGAUGCUGGAGAGCGAGACCGACGAAAUCGAGAGCUGCAACAAGCAGCAGAGCGGGCGGAAUUCGGCAGGCAAACACAGGUCAUACAACGAUUCCUCCCCAGACCAUCCAUGGUGGACAUUGAUGCCUUGAUGAAGAGGGCACUGGCCAUUGAAGACCCGGUUGAACGAGCGGUUGAAACCGAGAUGGCACUCCUCAUCACCAACGAUCUUCAUAAAUUCGGAGGCGGAAAGGUCCACGGGCAGGUGCAACCGAUCGUAAAAUAUAGCGACGAGGCGUUAAGAAACGCUCGGAUGGAACUUGCCCUCGAGGUCUCGGUCAUUAGCAAACAACAGAAGACUACUUGGGAAUCUGAGGUGGACCGUGCCUGGACGAAUCUACAUGGGAACUCGAUACUUCCUGGCCUGGGCGGAUACGAGGAAGAUGAAAUCGACGAACAUCAACUUAUGUUGGAGGCAUUCGACAACGCCGAAGACAGGAUGACCGAGACUGCCGAGCAAGCCAACAAGAUCGCUAAAAGGCUUACUUUGCACUUCGGCGGAUACCAAAAACGAUCCACCCUCCUCAAGCAGAAAAUCCUCGACGCAUCUGCUGCGCUCGAAAAGGCACGAAUAGAGGUGGACUCGGGCAGGACGAUGCAGUACGCACAGCAGACGGCAAUCAGCAGGCGCCUGGAAGGUCUACGCGACGAGGUCGCCUUCGUGAGCCGAAGGGAGCGAGAAGCCCAGGAACUGUAUCGGGCGCGAAAGGAAGAGCUGGACAACCUUCAGGAUCCCAUCAACGGGGUUUCAUAGUCAAAAUCCGUCGACUAUCUACGUUUAGGUUCCUUUGUUUUUUCAGAUAUUGUAUAAAGACCACAUUGCAUGAGCCGCAGGAUUAGCAGGCUCUAUUUUCCUUUUUUUCCCUCAACAUCUGCAACUGCACCAUUUUUGCAUGGGACACGGCGCAACUAGGUGUACUCUGUAUGAUGAUAUUAAAAAUUGCGUCUCCUUGAGUUGGAGCCCGGCUGGAGGCAGAGGGACAAUGUGUAUCGAAACCAUUCUAGGAUAAUACUCUUUAACCAAAUGAGAGAUUUAUGUGUGCU